UUAGUCCGAUUUAAAGAGUCGCUCUAGUUGUAUGGUUUAAAUUUUCUAUUCUGUGCGAUUAGAAAUAUUUUAAUUCAAGUUAGUAUAUUUGCCGGUUCAAAUAGCAGUCUUAUAAAUAUUAUAUAUCAAAAAUGGCUUCAUGGGUUGGAAAAAAAUAUAAAUUAGAAAAGUCAGAUAACUUUGACAAUUAUAUGAAAGCGCUUGGUGUUGGUAUGGUCCUUCGCACCAUUGGAAAUAAAGCUAGUGCAACUGUGGAUUUAGUUAAAGAUGAUGAUGGUUCAUACACCCUAACAACAUCAUCAACAUUUAAAACAACUGUAAUUAAAUUUAAACCAGGAGAAGUUUUCGAUGAAGAAACGAUUGAUGGACGUAAAGUAGAAAGCGUAUGCACUUUUGAAAAUGAAAAUAAACUUGUCCAUGAACAAAAAGGUGAAAAACCAACAACUAUUAUUCGUGAAUUCAAAGAUGACGAAAUGGUUGCGACUCUAACUAUCGGCGACGUUACAUGCGUCCGAACAUACAAGGCUGCCUAGAUAUUAUAUUGAAACAAAUAAAAAUACUAUACUGACACCUACCUAAAUUAAUUAGGAAAUUGAUGUCCUCUAAAAUUGUAUUAUUGUUCGACAUCACAAAGCAUUUUUAUAAUGUUAAAAAAAAAUAUAUAUAUAUAAAUUAAAGAUUUUUUUUUAUUAUUGUAAACUAUAAUAAUAAUCUAAAAUAUCAAUAAGACUUUUAUUGUCCUAUUAUUAUUAAUUAGAUAGGGACAUUUUCCAGGCUUUCUAUAAUAUUAUAAAUUAUAAUUUUUUUUUUUUUGUAAGAAUUAAAAUUUUUGGAUAUUUGUAUUAAAAAUUUACAAGACAAAAAAAAACAAAACAAAUUUCACUGAUUGAUUUUUUUUUAAAUAUUUCAACUAAUAGAUGUAAGCUUUGCAUUUACAUAAAAAAAUAUACAUACGUAUAGCAUUUAU